GCCAAAUAAACAUGGAAGAAGUCAACCAAGAGUCGAGCGACGGCGGCGUCGUGCACGCCCACGUCCAGUUCGCCGAGGCCGCGGCCAAUGGCUCCAAGACCAUGGUCGAAUUCCUCCUCGACAAUGGCGCCGACAUUGACGCGCCUGGACGCGAUGGAACGACGCCGCUCUGCGCCGCGGCGCUUUGGGGCAACGAAACGAUGGUCAAGUUUCUCCUCGCGCGCGGCGCCCGCGUCUCGGCCCGCAACGACGGUACGGCGUGGACGGCGCUGCACGCAGCGGCGUUCCAAGAGCACGGCAAGGUCGUGCGCAUCCUUUUGGACGCCGACGCUGAUCCAUACGCUCGCGACGCCGAGGGCCGGACGCCCACCGACUAUGCGAGCAUCUCGGAGGCGAUCUGGGCUUUCUUUGCCGCGCGCGGGUGCGAGAAGAGCCUCAAGUCGGACCUCGUCGGGAAAGGCAUCAUCCGCAAGGUCGCGCAGGACCAGCCCGAGCUCGGCAACGACCAUGUACUACGCACUCCACCGUCCGUGUACCAAGUCGCGGACACGUGCGUCGAAUUUUCUCGGCCAGGGUCCUCGUACCAGCGCACCCAGUUCAACCCGCUCCAAUCCAGCAAGCCCAAGUCGCGCGACGGACGAUCCAGCAGCUUUGUGGAUCCGCUCGGGUCGACCAAGCUGCCGCCGACCGCGCGCCGUCCGUCGCUCAACGGCUUUGCCCUUUAA